GGUGAGCGUCCUGACCACCCUGGAGCGCAGGUUCAACCUGCAGAGCGCAGACGUGGGUGUGAUCGCCAGCAGCUUCGAGAUUGGAAACCUGGCGCUCAUCCUCUUCGUGAGCUACUUCGGGGCACGCGGACACCGCCCUCGCCUCAUCGGCUGCGGUGGUAUCGUCAUGGCGCUGGGCGCACUGCUCUCGGCACUGCCAGAGUUCCUGACCCACCAGUACAAGUACGAGGCUGGCGAGAUCCGCUGGGGCGCUGAGGGCCGGGACGUCUGCGCUGCCAACGGCUCAGGUGGCGACGAGGGGCCCGACCCUGACCUCAUCUGCCGCAACAGGACGGCCACCAACAUGAUGUACUUGCUGCUCAUUGGGGCCCAGGUGCUCCUGGGCAUCGGUGCUACCCCCGUGCAGCCCCUGGGGGUCUCCUACAUCGACGACCACGUGCGGAGGAAGGACUCCUCGCUUUACAUAGGAAUCCUGUUCACAAUGUUGGUAUUUGGACCUGCCUGUGGAUUUAUUCUGGGCUCUUUCUGUACCAAAAUCUACGUGGAUGCAGUCUUCAUUGACACAAGUAACCUGGACAUCACUCCAGACGACCCCCGCUGGAUUGGAGCCUGGUGGGGUGGCUUUCUGCUCUGCGGUGCCUUACUCUUCUUCUCCUCCCUCUUGAUGUUCGGGUUCCCACAGUCCCUGCCCCCACACUCAGACCCCGCCAUGGAGAGUGAGCAGGCCAUGCUCCCAGAAAGAGAAUAUGAGAGGCCCAAGCCCAGCAAUGGGGUCCUAAGGCACCCCCUGGAGCCAGACAGCAGUGCCUCUUGCUUCCAGCAACUGAGAGUGAUCCCCAAGGUCACCAAGCACCUGCUCUCUAACCCUGUGUUCACCUGCAUCAUCCUGGCUGCCUGCAUGGAGAUCGCGGUGGUGGCUGGUUUUGCUGCCUUCCUGGGGAAGUACCUGGAGCAGCAGUUUAACCUCACCACUUCUUCUGCCAACCAGCUGCUUGGGAUGACUGCUAUUCCGUGCGCCUGUCUGGGAAUCUUCCUGGGUGGUCUCCUGGUGAAGAAGCUCAGCCUGUCCGCCCUGGGGGCUAUUCGGAUGGCCAUGCUUGUCAACCUGGUGUCCACGGCUUGCUAUGUCUCCUUCCUCUUCCUGGGCUGUGACACGGGCCCUGUGGCUGGGGUUACUGUUCCCUAUGGAAACAACUCAGCUCGUGGCUCUGCCCUGGACCCCUAUUCACCCUGCAAUAAGAACUGCGAAUGCCAAACCGACUCCUUCACUCCAGUGUGUGGGGCAGACGGCGUCACCUACCUGUCGGCCUGCUUUGCGGGCUGCAACAGCACGAAUCUCACAGGCUGUGCGUGCCUCACCACCAUCCCCCCUGAGAAUGCGACCGUGGUUCCCGGAAAAUGCCCCAGUCCCGGGUGCCAAGAGGCCUUCCUCACCUUCCUCUGUGUGAUGUGCGUCUGCAGCAUGAUUGGUGCCAUGGCCCAGACACCCUCAGUCAUCAUCCUUAUCAGGACAGUCAGCCCUGAACUCAAGUCCUACGCCCUAGGAGUUCUUUUUCUCCUCCUCCGUUUGUUGGGCUUCAUCCCCCCACCGCUCAUCUUUGGGGCCGGCAUCGACUCCACCUGCCUGUUCUGGAGCACGUUCUGUGGGGAGCAAGGCGCCUGCGUCCUCUAUGACAACGUGGUCUACAGAUACCUGUACGUCAGCAUCGCCAUCGCCCUCAAGUCCUUCGCCUUCAUCCUCUACACCACCACGUGGCAGUGCCUGAGGAAAAACUAUAAACGCUACAUCAAAAACCACGAGGGCGGGCUGAGCACCAGUGAGUUCUUUGCCUCUACUCUGACCCUAGACAAUCUGGGGAGGGACCCUGUGCCUGCACACCAGACACAUAGGACAAAAUUUAUCUACAACCUGGAAGACCAUGAGUGGUGUGAAAACAUGGAAUCCGUUUUAUAGUGACUAAAGGAGGGCCGAACUCCGCGUUAGUAAUCAAAGGGUCAUUUUUCUUAAGAAAAAAGAAAAAAGUUUCCAAAAAAAAAAAAAAAAAAUUCAAAACACACACACACACACACACACACACACACACACACACACACCCUUUGUCCUUUUUGUCAAAAAUCAGAGCCAGACAGGAUUCAGAAUAAGGAGAGAAUGGGAUUGUCCUGGAGGACGCUCGCACUGCUGGGGCUCACAGUCUACUUUGAAGGCACCUCAUGGUUUUCAGGAUGCCGACAGCUGCAAGCAACAGGCACUGCCAAAUUCAGGGAACAGUGGUGGCCAGCUUGGAGGAUGGACAUUUCUGGAUAUGUACACACAUACAAAACAAAAAUCAUAUAAAAACAAAAGUCUACUAAAAAAAACAAACAACCAACCCAAGUUCAAGUUGAGAACAUUGCCAGAUUAAGCACUAGUGACAUACCCGGUGCCACCCUCUCCCUCCUGGUGGGGGUGGGGAGGUGCACAAGUCUGAGGGGUGGAAGCCCUGCCCCUCUCUAACUUUUGCAAUAUGGGUCACUGUGUAGACGAUUCACCCAGUCUGCAUGUGGUUCAAGGCCCCAGAGUUCUCUCAGCGAUGCUAAUGGGUGAUCCGUGCUGGAGUGUGUAAUUGGCACCUCUCACCAGCUCCAUUUCCAUGUUCAAGACUGAGGGUCCAAGGGGGAGCCGGGUGGGAGGCCAGCACCUCCCCUUCCCCUGGCAACACCUCCCUGCGGUGAUGCCCACCUCCCCCCUGCCCCACAGAGUGACCUCAGGAAGCUGUGGGCCUUGCCUGGCUAUGACUGACCUGCUCAGAGCCGGUGAGCCCCAAACACAGUCCAAGUCAUUUGCUUACAUUUGCCAAACAUUUUGCCAUUUUUUCAAAAAAAAAAAAAAAAAAUACAAUGCAUAUGAAUUUCAAACUGUUGUAUGUAUAAUCCUCUAAUACUAUUUUUAACUACUUCUAAAACCUGUGUUAACCCUUCAGUCACUAACACAGUUCUAUAGAUCGGAUUUAUUAUGCUGGUUGCUUUUACUUUUCUCAUUUUUUAAUGCACCAAAAAUAUAAUGUGAUUCAAGGGAUGCAA